GCCAUGUCCAGAGUAAUAAGCAGCGAUGAUAAUUACAGUCCAGUGAUACAGCAGCAAACUAUCCUGGCUUUUGGGGAAACCUCUUCCCUACUUUGGAUGGGCAAUCCUAGCUCAAGUUACUGGUGUGAAACAGGAGGAAAUGGUAGAGACAAGGGUCAGAACCGCGUCAAACGACCCAUGAAUGCAUUCAUGCUGUGGUCUCAAGACCAAAGGCGCCGGGUGGCUCUAGAAAAUCCCAAAAUGCAAAAUUCUGAGAUCAGCAAGAGGCUGGGAAACCAGUGGAAAAUGCUUACAGAAACCGAAAAAUGGCCCUUUUUUGAGGAGGCACAGAGGCUACGCGAGGAGCACCGAGAGAAAUACCCGGACUAUAAAUAUAGACCUCGUCGGAAGACCAAGGUACCACUGAAAAAUGACACAUCGCACCCCGCAGGUUCCUUUUCAAUACCACGCAGCCAGGUGCAUGUGGACGGGCGGUUGAACCCCAUCACAUACAGGAACAUCUCUACCAAAAUUACACACUUAAGAAUGCAGGACCAGCUAAGUAGCUCACAAACCGCGAUGUUAGUUAGCUCCGUGCUGGGACAGGAGCAGGGCAGUAGCUCCGCAGAACUGGGUGAAAAUCGGGCAACAAACUUCAACUGGGAGAAAUUUGAGUCAGAAUCCCUCAAGAAAAAAGGCUAA